AUGAAAACGUUGCCGUUUCUGUUUGUGUUUGCCAUCGCUGUGGUAUCUGCUGAUUUUCUGGACCAUAGCAAGUUGGACGACUUGUUCCAGAAAAACAAAUUGGAUGAGUUUGUCAACGGAUUGAAGGGAAUUAGUGAACGGACGAGAGACACGUUGAGGAAAGCCGGGAGCUUAAGAAAGAAAAUGACUGAACAAGGAAGCAAAUCCGUUGACAAAGAAGUCUUCAACGAGUUCUUCAAUUUCAUCGUAAAGUGAGUUGGUACUUAAAAAUUGUCGCUAUGUCGUAUUUCAGAUUCGAAAAAAUUUACGACAACGAGACGCAUAUUGAGCAUCAUUUUGGAAAGUUCAAGGAUUCUCUUUCAAGAAUUGAAGACCUUCAAAAGAAGAUGCCUUUGACUAAAUUUGGAGUAACCAUGUUCGCCGACUUGACUCCCGAGGAAUUCAUUCAAAAACAUACCGGCGUUAAAGCCGCUGAGGAUGUCCAGAAGCUUCGUUCCAGGGUUUCCAAGACGCUCCGACCCAAACGCUCUGUCUAUCCAACCUCUUGGGAUUGGCGUGACCAUAAUGGAGUUACCUCCGUCAAGAAUCAGGCACAGUGCGGAAGCUGCUACGCGUUUGCCGCUGUGGCUGCGAUAGAGAGUCAUUUCAAGAUUGCGAACAACUGGGAUCUUGAUUUGAGCGAGCAAAGCGCGAUUUCUUGUACUUACAAUGUCUCGGCCUACAGAUACAACCAGGGGUGUAACGGCGGCUGGUCUGACACGGUGAUUCAAUAUGCGUCUGAUUACGGGCUGCCAACCGAACAGCAAUACCCUUAUGUGUCAGGAAAGGAUGCCCAAGUUUCAUAUUGCCAAGCUCUUCCGGUGGCCGUAAAACCAAACUACGUCUUUACAAUUCCUCCCAAUAACGAAGAAAAUAUGGCGCUUGCCAUCUACACAUGGAAGCCAAUGGUUAGCUGUAAGUAUCACGAGCAUAAACUAGAUUCUUUUAUAGACAUUGAUGCCUCGCCCUUGCAAUACUAUCAAGGAGGAGUUCUGGACGCAGCUGAACCUGCUAGCGGGUGGGUCAUCAACCAUGCCGUGCUGACUGUUGGAUAUGGUGAGGAGAAUGGAGUCCCCUAUUGGAUUAUCAAGAAUUCGUGGGGCCCAGCAUGGGGAGAAGCCGGUUUUGUUAGAAUCCGUCGAGGCACCAAUUGCCUGGACAUUUCCCAUUACAACUAUGGAGUAAACAAUAAUUAA